AUGAUCGACUUCCUCGACAAAACCGCUAGCGAAUUUGCGCAGCACAUUUGCCACCUCUACCAUGGUCCCUUCGUCAAAAUCAAACUCAAGGCCGACACCGAAUACACAGUCUCCAAGCCGCUCCUCUGCAAAGAAUCCCCGUAUUUUGCCGCAAUGUUCGAAAGCAACUUCAUUGAGGGACAGACGCAGACCGUAGAGAUGGAGGAGAUCGAAGGUGUCAUCUCAGCACGAAGCUUCCCGGCGUUCCUGCAAUGGCUAUACCACCGCCGCAUCCGGUUUGAUACGGUCGAGCCCGAAGCGCUGAUCACCGCCGCCAUCGAACUCUCCCGAUGGGUAGAUAUGUUCAAUGUUGACGAACUGGAGACCGAGAUGGCGGACUACAUUGCACGGGUGCUUCUUGCGAACCCGAAACCUCCCACGGAGGAGUCCCCAGACAUGGAUGUGAACACCUACGUGCUUACUGAACAGCACGUCCGUUCGGCGGGCUGUUUGCCUCAAGGCCAUCGAGUGCGUUUGGUGAUAGCUCAGGCGUCAGUUGAAGGAUUUUUUGAAGGAGAAUAUUAA